AUGACUUCUUCGAAACCGUCCCAGCCUUCGUUACGUAGAUUAUACCCUGGCUGUCGUGUGCAAGAAUGCUUCCAGUGGUCAGUUGAGAGUUUGGAAAACCUGGAAUCGUCGUUCAAUGUUCAAGAAUAUCUACAACAAUUAAUACGCAUGGAUUGCAGCGAUGUUAAACGCAUUGUUGAAUUACCAGAGAAUUUAGAUGACAAUGUUUGGCAAUAUGAACAUUUACGUCAAAUAUGCUUACAGCUGAAUUUAUUGGUGGUAGCAUUAGAAUCAGAAUGUACAAAAGCGAAUUGUCCAGAAAUGAAAGCUGAUGGCUGGCUCUAUUUAUGUGCAGCUCAUCCUUGUGUGCAAUCGUGCUCAGCCAUUGACUAUAUUAUUCAUACACUGGACGGAGCGACCAUUCUGUUGAAUAACUCAAAAUACUUUCCAAGCAGAAUUUCUGUGCCUGAACCGUCGCUGAAACAUUUCCAGUCAAUCGCAAGACGUCUAUAUCGAAUUUUUGCUCAUGCUUAUUUUCAUCACAGAGAAGUUUAUGAAGUAUUCGAACGUGAUACCCAUCUCUACGCAAGAUUCUUGUUGUUAUCAAGAACUUACAGUCUUGUUCCAUCAACAUUAGUAACUAUUCCAGACGAAAACGAUUUUCCUAACGAGAAAGAUGAUAAUGCAAACGAUAUCGUUGACGAUAACUUCAAAAAUGACGGGAAUAACGAGUCUCAUGAAGAGAAUUUAGAAGCGUUGAAUAAUUCCUCUGCCAUUUUGUUGCCCGAUGUUGAAUAA